AUGGAGACGGUUGGCAUAUCUGCAGCGAGCUGGGUGGUUGGCAAAGCACUGAGCCCACUGUCUGGUGGUGUGCUGGAGUUGUGGGCAGCCAGCACCAAGCUCGGGUAUAACAUCGAGAAUCUAAAGCUGGAGCUGUUGCAGGCUCAGGCAAUGUUGAACACUGCCGAGGGCAGGGAGAUCCACAACCCCGCCCUGGCUGAGCUGCUAAACAAGCUGCGGCAGCUGGCCUAUGGGGCCGACGAUGUGCUGGACGCGAUCGACUACUUCCGCAUCCAGGAUGAGCUCGAUGGCACGUACCAUGCUGCAGACACGCAUGCUGCUGGCUGUGUCCAGGACCUCGCCCUCCAUGCUCGCCACAUGACCAAAGCUUGUGGGAACAAACUCAAGUUUCCUGUGUGCACGCGUGCUACCAGGCGUCCCGAUCCUGAUGAGCAAGACGGCGAUGGCAAACAAGGAUGCCUCUCAGGUCUCCGCUUUUGUGGUGGUCGGCGUGAGGUUAACUCCUCACUACCGACACCCACCAAACAGCUGGGUGUCGAUGAGGUUCAUGGCAGAUGCAUGCCUAAGGCUGCCCACAAUGUCGGUAAACACUUUUCUUGCUUCUCCUCCUUACCCUCUAUCGACCAUGAUGCUCAGACCGAAGUGGUGGAAAAUCACCCCUUAGAAAUACCAAAACUGAAGUUUGACAGGGUGGAAAUGUCUAGAAAGAUAUUGAACAUCAUAGAGCAGUUGAAGCCUGUAUGUGCUAAGGUCUCAACCAUUCUUAAUCUAGAGUUACUGAACUCUAGCCGUGCCUCUACCCAAGACAUUGCCACGAACAGACCCAAAACUACCCCACAAAUUAUAGAACCUAAGUUAUAUGGAAGGGAUAGCCACAAAAAGAUUGUCCUCGAUGAAAUUGCUAAUAGUCAAUGUUGUGAACUCACUGUGCUUCCAAUUGUCGGCCCAGGAGGUAUUGGAAAGACAACUUUCACACAACACGUAUAUGAACAAGCGAAGAGUCAUUUCCAAGUCCCCAUCUGGAUUUGUAUCUCUUUUGAUUUUAAUGCGAAUAGGUUGGCAAAAGAUAUCGUGAAAAAUAUCCCCAAAUUUGACAAUGAAAAGAGUGAUUGUAGUGAUGAAGAGCUUAUCGUGCAAAGGAUAAAAGGAAAAAGGGUUUUACUUGUGUUAGAUGAUGUGUGGACACAUCAUGAGGAUGAGUGGAAAAAAUUGUUAUCCUUAUUCAAAACCGAGGGUGCAAAAGGUAGCAUGGUUAUAGUCACGACUCGAAUACCCGAGGUAGCAAACACGGUUAAGACAACUAAAUGCUCACUGGGAUUGGAGCAUCUAUGUCCUAAAGAUAUUAUGUCUUUCUUUGAAGAUUGUGUAUUUGGUGACCAAGAACCAUGGAUUCACCAUCCAGAACUAUCUGAAGUUGGGAGCAAAAUAGUGGACAAGCUGAAGGGUUCCCCUCUUGCAGCAAAAACUGUUGGUAGAUUAUUAAGAAACAAACUUACAUUAAACCUUUGGACAAGCGUUCUGGAAAGUAAAGAAUGGGAAUCACAAAACAAUGACAAUGAUAUUAUGCCAGCUUUAAAACUCAGCUAUGAUCAUCUUCCAUUCCAUCUACAACAAUGUUUUUCUUUUUGUUCUUUAUUUCCUGAAGAUUAUGAAUUUGGUAGCGAAGAGUUGGUUCACUUGUGGAUUGGACUGAAUAUUUUGAAGAUGUUGGAAUGUGCUAUUUAA